UCUUUUGCAAAAUUUCAGAGAUUUCCUCAACUGCAAUGGGAAGCAUCAAAAACGAAAUAAUCAAGCCUCAUGCAGUGUUGUUGCAGAGCCAGGAGUUAUACAAGUACAUACUGGACACAAGCGUGUACCCACGAGAACCCACUCCCCUCAAGGAGCUGAGGGAUGCUAGUGCAAGCCACCCCAAGUUCUUCUAUGCUACAGCACCAGAUGCUGGUCAGUUAUUGGCUUUGCUUUUAAAAAUGGCGAAUGCAAAACAGACAAUUGAAAUUGGAGUUUUCACCGGAUACUCUCUUCUCCUUGCAGCCCUCACAAUUCCUGAAGAUGGAAUGAUUACAGCCAUAGAUAUCGACCGGAAAGCGUACGAGAUGGGCUUGCCUAUCAUAAAGAAGGCUGGUGUUGAACACAAAAUCAACUUCGUUGAAUCUCCGGCUUUACCAGUUUUAGAUAAACUCUUAGAAGACAAAGACAAGGAAGGGAGCUUUGACUUUGCAUUUGUGGAUGCUGACAAAGAAAAUUACCACAAUUACCAUGAGAAGCUAAUGAAACUGAUAAAAGUUGGCGGGAUUGUUGUUUACGAUAACACUCUCUGGGGUGGAACUGUUGCUUUGCCUGAAAAGGAUGUUCCAGAGGCCAAAAGAGAUAUAAGGAAACAUGCUUUGGAAUUCAAUCACAAGAUUUCAGCUGAUCCUCGCGUUGAAAUCUGUCUUGCUCCGCUUGGCGAUGGAGUCACCAUUUGCAGACGCAUUUGCUGAUCAAAUGUAGAUCAUAUGAUUCUAAUAAGUAUUAAUUAACUAAUACAUGCAUAUUAAGGAAAAUGAAUGGAAAUUCUUGCCUAAAUUCUGUCUAGACCCAAAUACAAAUGUAUGGAACUUACUAUACAUUUUGUAUAUUGGAUUUAUAAUAGAUUGAAUUUAAGCAAAAAAAUCCAAAAAUUAAAUAAUGGGAUUUGCUUGUGUGUGUGUAAUUUUCUUUGUUCUGGCUGAAUUCGUAAUGGAUUUAUAUAAUAAAUGAAUUACAAGAUGGUGAUUAUUUGAUGAUGAACAUCUUAAUUGCCCUUGAAA